UUUAAUGGCAUGUGUGUUAGCACGAUACUAGGUUAAUGAGUAGGUAAAGAGAAAUGUGUGGCAGAACGAGUUUUAUAAAAUUCGAAGAAAACGAAAUUAUCCCCGACGUUAUCUCAUAUCCACCAAAAGGUUAUCUCAACGUAACUUACACUAUUUCCGACAAUUCCAGUAAGAUACGUGUUGACCUUGGAAAUGAAAUAGAACCGAAAUAUACUCUACAAAGUCCUCAUGUACUCCUUGAUAAUCUUAAUUCGAAUUCGUACUUCAGCUUAAUAAUGACCGAUCCCGAUGCACCCAGCAGAAAAAAUCCCACUAGGAGAGAAUUUUGCCAUUGGCUCGUUGUAAAUAUUCCCGGUGAAAAUUUAUCUCAAGGAACAGUCCUCAAGGAUUACUUUAGACCCGCUCCCCCAAUAAAUACCGGCCUACACAGAUACGUUUUCAUGCUUUUCGAACAAUCGGGAUACGAGAAUUUUAACAGCGAGCCUUAUGUAAAUGGGUCGUGCAGAACUUCCAGACCUUAUUUUUCAACUAAGAAGUUCAUUGAAAAAUAUCAUUUUAGCGAAUUAAAAUCUGGAAACUUCUUUUUUGCCAGUUGGGAUAACUCAGUUCCCGUAAACAGAACUGCUACUGACUGUCCAUUUUAGAAAGAAAAUAAUCAACAAACAUCGACGAUUUAUUUAUAAUGUUUAGAUGCACAUGUGCAUAAAUGAAGAAAUUUUAGAAUGUUUUAACUUGUACCUAUAACACUUCAAAUCAAUUAUUAUUAUUAAUAGUCAUUCAUCAUAAUUAGUAGAUAAGUUAGUAUAAUUAAACUGUUAGUUGAAGAGAUCGUCUUUAUUUAUUUUUGAAGGUACAUGCUACCAUCUAUCAAGUUACAAAUUAUCUAUGAAAAAAUAUAAUAAUGAAAUAACUAGUGUAAUAAAAUGCAUCUUUUUGAAUAAGUUAAACUAACUGUUUUCGAUCAAACUUAUUUACCUAAAAUAAGUGUUACUCUAAAUAAUUAAAUAAAAUAUGGUUGUGGAAUGUAUAAAUAUUUAUAAU